UUGGUUCACAGACCAGAAGGCAAAAUUUAUAUUGGUUAUGUUUAUAGGUGGUUAUGUGGGGUCAGAAACUUUGCGGAUAAAGGGAGCAAAAUCACCAAAAGUCCAGAGCAGACGAGCUUACAGCGGUCAGUUCUUGAAGAAGUGCUCAUCAAGGAGAAACCAAAGCCAACAACUUUUACCGGAAAGGUUGCAGAAAAGGCGUCAAAUACCUUUCUAUAUGCGGCAGUUGUAGCCGCGAUAGGCAUGUUGGGUGUUUUUGUUUACCUUCUGGCGGGUGAAUUUUUUGCAGAAGAUAGUCCUCAGAAGAUCUAUAGCAGCGCCCUUGCCUUGGUGAGAGAAGACGGCCGGUGUCAAGACCUCUUUGGACCCACAAUAGCUGGUUUCGGUGAGGAGACCUCCCGCGGUCGACGUCGUCAUGUCGCUCAUCAUAAGUAUGAGAAAGAUGGAAGGCAACGUAUUCGCGUUCUUUUCCAUGUGAAGGGCGAACGCGAUGAGGGUAUUGCACAAGCAGAAAUGGAACAACGAGAUGGUGAAUGGCAGUGGCGAUUUCUAUAUGUAGAAAACAAAAGAAGACCCAAAACCACUCAUGUUCUGAUCGACAACCGAUAA